GAGACCUGUGAGGCCGAGCAGCAGCGGCGGGCGCUACAGUGCUAGACUAGCUAUGGCGACGACGGCGACGGGCGAGGCAGCGACGCGCGUGCGCUACAGGCGCACCAAGAGCGUCACCAGGGCCGAGGAGAUCCAGCACGAGGAGGCCAAGGCCAGGAAGUCGCAGCCCGACAGGCCAUGUCAUAGACCCAGGGAUUCACUAUUUUCAUGGUCAUCAGGAUUUGACAACUUUGUUGGAUUUGUUAACUGGGCGUUCCUGCUACUUGCUAUUGGUGGAAUGAGAUUGCUUCUGGAGAAUCUAAUAAAAUAUGGAAUACGCGUUGACCCGAGACAGUGGAUAAUAUUCCUUAGCGGACAACAAGAGGGGACAGCAGACCAUCCAUCUGUUGUGCUCUUGAUGUAUUCUGUUGUACCUGUUGUUGUCUGCCUUUUGGUAGAGAAGUCACUUUCUGUUGAAAUUAUUCCAAAUGCUUUUGGGAUGUUCAUACAUGUGGUCAACCUUGUGGUGUUGGUGCUGAUUCCUAUGGUAACAAUCAAUGUUAAAUCAGGAGCAUUUAGCUUAGUUGGUGCAACAGCUGUCUGUAUGCUAUAUUCUAUAUUGUUUUUGAAGCUGUGGUCAUAUGUACAAGUGAACUUGUGGUGCCGCAGUAGCAGAGCAAAUCAAAGAAACACUCUCAGAAGGCAGUCUCUGUCCCUCCAGAACUUUGAAUCGCUUGGUGUGAAAAAUGGAACCAUUCACUUCAAAGACAAAAGUCCUCAUCCUGAUCUAGUUCAGUAUCCUGAAAAUUUAAAUAUAAAAGAUUUGUAUUACUACAUAUUAGCACCUACUCUAUGCUAUGAACUUAAUUUCCCAAGAACAACAAGGAUACGGAAAAGGUUUUUGUUGAAGAGGAUAUUGGAAGUUCUAGUUGGUUUCCAAGUAAUGAUGUCAUUGUGUCAGCAGUGGAUCAUACCAUCUGUCAAAAAUUCACUCAUACCAUUUUCAAAUAUGGAUGUAGCAAAGGCAACUGAACGUCUCCUAAAACUUGCUAUACCAAACCAUUUACUGUGGCUGAUCGGCUUUUAUUUAUUAUUUCAUUCAUUCUUAAAUUUGGUGGGUGAACUCCUGCACUUUGCUGACAGAAAUUUUUACUGUGAUUGGUGGAAUGCAAAUAACAUAGAUAUAUUCUGGAGAACAUGGAACAUGCCUGUGCAUCGCUGGGCUGUAAGGCACUUGUAUUUACCACUGGUUGAGAUGGGUUAUGGAAGGACAGUAGCAAGUGUGAUGGUAUUCUUUGUAAGUGCUUUCUUCCAUGAGUACUUAGUGAGUGUACCAUUACGAACAUUCAAGACUUGGGCUUUCAUGGGAAUGAUGGGGCAGGUACCACUGUCAAUGCUCAGUCGCAGUGUUGAAAAGACAUUUGGUCCAAGGUGGAGUAACAUAAUUGUUUGGGCAUCACUAAUACUUGGGCAGCCAUUAUGUAUUAUGAUGUAUUACCAUGAUUAUGUAAUCACUCAUCAUGGUGAGGCAUUAUUAGAAGCUUAUGGUCAUGUAUGAGAUAUUAUGUGAAUAUCCUCCAGUUUCUUGCCUACUGUGUAGGUAUCAUUUACACAAGACACAGUUUGGAGAGUAAUUUACAACUCUAUAGGAUACUGUCAUUACUAGUACUAAAUAACAUUGUAUAACAAUGUGAUAAGACUGUUACUAAUGGAAUGCCUUGUUUCCUAAUGUAUAUAAAGAGUGUUCAAUGAUGUCUAUUUUCAUAUGAUUAGUAACUUUAUUUAUGUAAAAAAAUACCAGUUAUAUGUGAUGAUCAAAUA